UACUCCUGUUUAAAAACUAAGACAACCGACUUUGGUUUUCUAAUACCACUAUUCAUCUUUCUCACUAGCAUCAUUAGUUCCUUUGCAAAAUCAAGUCUCUAUUAGUUGCCUUGUUAAUGGUAGUUGAAUCUGCUGAUCUAUCGUAACAUACUGAUGCAUACGUGCAUACGAGCAGUGUCCUUCGUUUGAUUAACGUGGAAAAUAGAUGCGUGUAAAAAGUCAGGCAUGGGUAGUACAGAGGUAACAUCGAUCCCGAAGAAAUUAAGCGAAAGCAAUGAUAUCGGUGAUACUUAUGGUCCAAAUUUGAAAACUCUUCCAUGUAACAAUCAAGUGAAGGAAUUGCAGACUAUACUGCGAGAUAAAAAUACCACAAGGAGUGACUUUAAGUUCUACGCCGAUCGUCUGAUAAGGCUGGUUAUAGAAGAAAGUUUAAAUCAGUUACCUUUUUCCAAAUGUGUGGUUACUACACCAACAGGAGCCAAAUACAAUGGCUUAAAAUAUCAAAAGGGAAAUUGUGGAGUGUCAAUAAUCAGAAGUGGAGAAGCAAUGGAACAGGGUUUAAGAGAUUGUUGUCGCAGUAUUAGAAUUGGUAAGAUAUUAGUCGAAAGUGAUGCAGAUACACAUGAAGCCAAAGUGGUUUAUGCCAAAUUUCCAGAUGAUAUAUCUGAAAGAAAAGUUUUAUUAAUGUAUCCAAUAAUGAGUACUGGAAAUACUGUGAUCAAAGCAAUGGCAGUGUUGAAGGAACAUAAUGUACUUGAAGAGAAUAUUAUUUUAUCAAAUCUGUUUUGCACUCCAGUUGCAGCCAAAUCUCUAGUCACUGCCUUUCCUCAGAUGAAGAUUUUAACAUCAGAGAUACAUAGUGUUGCCCCAAAUCAUUUUGGACAGAAAUACUUUGUAAAAAAAAACAAGUAUUUCUACAAACAGAACAUGUAGUUACGGGAACAAUAGGUCAUAACAAAGACAUGUUAAUAACACUAUAUUUCCAGUGAAAAGUACUAAAGCUUUAACAGUUAUGAACAAACUUUGUUCUUUUUCUGUUUCAAUAUUGUAUUGCAGUUAUAAUAUAUACGUGACAUAGUUCUCAGAAAUGUUAAAAAAUUCGUGAACGUGCGAGUUUAUGGAAUUAUAAAGUAUAAUUGUUUCAAACAUUAUACGAGUUCAUAGUUAAUAGUUUUAGUUUUCUUUUUUUUUGUUAGCAUAAAUGAUAUUUCAUUUGUAAUGUAAGUUACAGUAAUUAAAAUACUGCAUAUUUUAAUUACAAUAGGUACUUAUGUGCAGUUGUUAUGAACUGCAUAUAUAAGUAAUUUUGAGGUUCUCGAUACAAUUGUAAGAAAAAAACUAAAGUAUUGUAGAACAUUUUGUUGUCUGAGAUAAAGCACAACUUUUAUGCAAUAUUUAAAGGUACAAUGUGCAUAAUAAUAGCACUCCUUUUACAGGUGCAAGUAAUAUUUUAAACCAAUUUUUCAAUUGAAAUAGUUGUACAAUUAAACAUUAAAAAAUUAUUUUACACGUUAUAAACUUAAUUUUUUUUUAAACAUAUCGAUUUUAAGUGCAUUUCUAAUCUUGAUUUGAUGAGUAUUGUUGUCUAUUACUGUGUUUAUUAAAAGUUCAUUUUUUUACAUUGGAAACACAAUCCAAUGUUGAAAUGCCAAAUUAAUAAAAUUCGAGCAUUAUUUCAUUAUCGAGUGUGCAUGCAGAUAGUAUUAUAUAUUAAAACAGAUAUAAAUAUUUUUAUCGCAAAAAGAAAUAAUUACCAUGUAACGACAAAAUGAGAAUAUUUAAUAAUUAACUUAUUAGUAAACACUAUUUCUUGUAUUAAUAUAUGUCACAUCAUUAACAACUGGAUUUUAGACUUUUUCUAUUCACAAUCGAAAUUUUAUUUGUUUCAAUGUACAGUACUAGCGUUUAAUUAUGUACAGAUUUUAGCAUAAAAUUCAAUUGCAUAUAAAUUUUUAAUUUUAAUUGCAUUCAUUAAAAUGAUGUGUGAUAGUGUCAUUGGUACAAAUAUCAAUGAUCAUUUAAUUUUUAAUAGAUAGUGAUAUAUAUACAAGAAUAAGAGCAAUUUAUGAUAAAAUGAGGGUUGCCUUUCAUGUUUUUUAUGUGUUACUGAAUAAUGUUUAGUAACUUAAUAGUUGGUUAUUGCAUAAUAUUUAGUAACAUAAUUAAAUGUUACUAAAAUAUAUAUUAACUUACAAUUACUAGACGUGUCAAAACACAAAUUGAUGAAUAUUACUUUUACUUAUAUAAAUCAGAUCUUUUGCGUGACUGUUGAAUGGUGUCUAGAAUUGAUUAUGCAGCUUUUUAAUAGUAUAUUUUUUAUGUUUAUAUUAAAAAUAAUUACUGUUAUUUUUAUUUCUUUUUAGUAUAGUACUUUUGUUUUCGUGUUUAUCACGAACCAAGUAAAAUUUGAAUUUUAAAUUCAAUGUAAUGUGCCUCUAUGAAAGCUGCAUUACAGUAUCUAGAAUUAUGAUUUUUAAAAUCAUGUUUAGAAACCAUGCGUGAAUUCUAUGCAUUAUAUUAUGUCAAUUUAGUGUAUCCAAGUAUCUGUUAUUACAGACAAUACUUGUACAUUUAUUAUGCCAUAAGUUAUUUCAAAAUACUUUUCAACAUUUAGUAACAUAAUUUCUACAUUCAGAAUGAAUGUAUAUCGAUAAAAAUAUUGUGUAAUAUGUAUACAUUGAGAUGUACGAAUAAAAAUGCACGGCAAAUAUUAAUCCUAACAUAAAUGAUCCAGAAUAAACGCAACAUCAUAAAAAUAA